AGUCACCAACUAACCUAACCUUUUGGAAUGUAGGAGGAAACCUGAAACCCAGGUUUUCCAGAUCUCCUGACUGUGUGGCAAACAUGCUAACCACUAGGCCACAUAAUUGUACCCUAUUUAUAUUUGGUUACACAUUACAACAUGAAGCUUCAAAACAAUAUUUUCCUGUAAAGUCUUACAAAUGCUCCGUAAAGCUGAAAGGACAAGAAGCUCUUAUAUUGGCAGGUUGGUAGCCACUUCCUAUAAACGCCGGAAAUUGGGAAACAUUGCACUUGCAUUUGCAUUGGACAGUCAAAAGAAGUAAUUAUAAGAUAUAAAAUGUUGUGCACAUUAACGUAUUACAGUCUUGUAAAGUUAUAUGGAUAUACUCUCGAAAUGUGAUCAUUUAAAACAUACUAUGAGUGGGCACUUUAGGUCAACACGACGCAAAACCAGAUGUCCGGAAUGAGAACUGAAGAGGACAAAUCCAUAAUUUUCUUGUUGGGGUCUCAUGAGUACUAAAUAAUGUGGUUAAUGGUACUUUAUUUCCAGCUGUUGUGCUGUUGUUAAUAUACUAGUUUUGUGUAUCGAGUUGUAGUAAUGUGUGCUUGACACGUAAUGGACUCUUAUUUUCUAAACCAACUGAAACCGGAAAUAGGUUUUUAUUUUCCGCCACCACUUCCUGUCCAUCCCACGGAGUCUCGGAUGAGGAAGUAAUUGACUCUACUACCUGCCCUGGCUAGGUCAUCGCCAUUAAGUGCAGCAGCCAUGAAGCUCCGACUACACUGUGUUGUAGAUCCCAUGGGCUGGCUGUGCAUCAGCCUGGUCUUUGGCGUCUGGCUCUACAACUCCUUCUUCAUUCCGAUGCUGGUUCUGCUGCCACACUACAAAGAGGGACACAUUCCCUGGGCUGUAGUUGUCUGUUAUUAUGCUGCGUCUGCAGUCUGCUUUGCUGCCCUGUUCAGAGCUUCCACGGCGGAUCCUGGACGUCUUCCUGUCAACCCGCAUAUACCUCACUCAGAGCGACAGCACUGGGAAUUAUGCAACAAGUGCAACCUAAUGAGGCCCAGAAGGUCACAUCACUGCAGUCGCUGUGGCCACUGUGUGCGCCGGAUGGACCACCACUGCCCCUGGAUUAAUAACUGUGUGGGGGAGGACAACCACUGGCUCUUCCUGCAGCUCUGCUUCUACACCCAGGUGCUCAGUUUGUUCACUCUGGUGCUGGACUUCUGCCAGUACUACUACUUCCAGCCCCUCACGCAACUGGACCAGGAGAAGUUCACAACGCAGCACGAAGUGGCUCUACUGCGACUUUCAGCGCUCAUGGGUGUGGUCAUGUUCACCGGCAUGUCAGGCUUGUUUUAUUCUCAGCUGGCAGGCAUCCUCACGGAUACCACCACCAUAGAGAAAAUGGCCUACUUCUCUAGUGAAAUCGACGGCCAGAGCAGAUCGUGGAAGCUGGCCCUGGCCGAGGUGUGCGGCACCCACUGGAAGGCGCUGUGGUUCGUCCCCCUCCGAAGCAGGCAGGCGCUCCAGCAAGUUAGCAGCAGCCUGUAUCGAUCACACGUGUAGGCCCUCUACCUGCACACAUGGUAGGUGCAGGCUACAACAAGAAAGGACUCUCCAUGCAUCUGUAAACAGUAAGGGUGUAACGGUACGUGUAUUCGAAUAUGAUUUUUCUGUACAGAGGCGUACCCAUUUCCCACAAGGUAAACAUGCAGACAUGGGGAACAGGGCUACUAGCUACAACUAUUAAUACUGCACUUCAGCCACAAAGAAACCUUCAUUUACUGAAAACAAAUUCAAUUCAAAUGGUUCAAACUGUAACAGUUACAUUUGUUUACAUAAUUACUGAAAAAGAAACGCUGUCAUUCAAGGUAUCCAAAGUGCAGCCCAGGGGCUAUUUUCGACUUAUAGCUUGUUUUCAAUGGCCCUUGGCAUAUUGUAAAAAUAAAAUGAUUUAAUGAUUAAUUCAUGCAAACUCCACAUGGAGAAGCCCAAGCAUGGCCAACAUGCUAAUCACUAGGCCACUGUGCGGAACAUAAUAUUAUUUACCUCCUGUAUAAUACGGUAAUUGGCUUGGUCACCUAUAACACCAAGCUAAGAUGUUUUGCUCAACUAGCUUAGCAUAUGUAGACCUGCACUGAAUUGGUUUUAGCAUCUUUAAUGCACAAAAAGUAUCUAAGUGCCCCCCAACCCUCUCCACACAUAUUUUCUUUAUGCUAUAUCUAUACAGCCGUCCCUCGUUUAUUGCUGUCAAUUGGUUCCAGCCCUGACCAGAAUAGGUGAAUUUCCGUGAAGUAGUAUUCAAUAUUAAUAAAUGGAAUAUCUUAAUAGUUAGAGCAUAGAAAACUUGUUUAUGCCUUUCUAAAAACGUUUUUUUUUUACAUUAUUAGAGCCCUGUAGCCAUGAAAUAACGCCACUAUAUUCACAUUUAUACCCGUAUUACCUAAAAUAGUAGACAUGAUAAGCAAUAAUAACACAUAAUAACUUACUGUUAGCAUUGGGAAAGCACCUUGUGGUUGUAUCUCGAACGCAAUGUGGGUCGAUCGCAUGGCAUUUAAAAACAUCACAUCACAUGACAUCAGCCUAUCAUCCAUCCUCAUUUGUUACUUGAUUGAUGUACAGGACAGCCCACUGACACUAAUCUGCCAUACACAGAUGUACACUGCAACAAUAAUGCUAGUUUUGUUUACACCUCAUUGCGCACCGCUUUUGCGCAGGCUACGCGAUUACUGCAGGGACAUGGGAUGCUGCUCGUAGCAUAUAGCAAGCUACAAAGCUAACUAGUUAGUCUGCAAUUUAUUUGUUCGGACCACAAAUCGUACCACUUACACACGGAAUGAGAGGAGAACUUUUUCACUGUCAUGUUGCACUGCAAGGAUCCAUAGCUGCACGUGAAGGUACUGUCGUGUAAAGACAUGACUCAGCAAUGUAGCAUCACUGAUGCCUAGUGACCAGAAUACUACGUACUGUAUAUAUAACAUAUGUAUAACUUGUCUUUCAGUAUUUUUUGACUGAUAAUAAUCCAUAGUCAACCACGAUAGUCAGCAGUGAUCAUUUAUUAAUUAUUCAUUCAUUCAUGAAUAAAUAAAUGAAUGAAUAAUUCAUUCAUUCAAAAUAAACUUGAAUAGAGGAAGGGAUCAAUGUUCGAACCGCAAUGUGGCAAGGGACGACUGUAAUUUUAAAGAAUUUAAUUUAUUGGGAGAAUUUCCUGCUGUUUUUUACAUUCCAUUUAAAAAAUAAAUACUGAAAUGUAAAAUAAAUACAUUUGAAUACAUUGUAAAAAUAAAUACUGCGAAACUGUUUUUGCUGCGACGCCACGGUGCAGCCAUGACGUCUGCGUCCGCGCGCUAAAACACUGGAACACUGCGCGCAGUCAUACGACAGGAGAGAAAGUAACGCAGAGCGAUUGUGAGGUCAGAUUUUUCUCAAGGAGGCAUUUUUGUGACGCAAAGGUAUUCCUCUUUUGAACGCAUAUUGUUUUGAGAAGCCAAACUCUUUACUUAAGUGGCCCCAGCAACUGACCGGAACUACUUUCCUCAUCACCGAAAUCCGACCAGAACUGGGCUCACGGCGGGUACGUCACUGUUGGUGCACUACACUGCUGAUGGAGAUGUCAUACAAAAAUCCGAACUGUCCCUUUAAAACCGAGGUAACGUGCCGAGCUGUGGUUAUGGCGUACCAUUACACCCCUUUUUAACGGGGUGAAGAAGCACCACUUUUUUUUUUUUUUUUUUUUUUGCUUUAACUCACUGUGAAUAUAAAAGCACUUUUUGGAUUGAAUAGAUGCUAGUUUCAACCCUAAAGUGAAAGGAAACGCUCUCAGGUUCAUUUAUAGAAAGAGCUUUUUGUGUUUGUCACCGUUUAAUUAGGAUCUUUCAUGUGAGAAAAAAGCAUUUUGGUGUCUUGUUUUUUUGUUUGUUUUUGCUUCAUUGUCUCCUUUGGAAAAGUGGAAUGAAUUGCAGGAUUUUUCCUACAUAUUAUUUGGCUCUAUGAAAGCCCCUUUCCGCCGCUGAAAGAAAAAAUAUCCCACUGUUAAGUCAUAAUUAUGAGAUUAAACUACAGGUCAAAUUACAAAGGUUCCUGCACUCGGUACAUGCGCAGUUUUUUUUUUUUUUUUAAUGUCAUUACUUUUUAUCUCGUAAUUUAGACUUUUUCUUCCCAUUGGGAUAUUCUUUUCUUUCAGUAGCAGAAACAUAAAUAUAAAAAUAUAAAUGGGUCAAGGCUAGCAGCUCGUUUGCUUGGCUUAGCCUCGAAAAUGAACGAGGAGCUAAAAGAAAACCCAUCUGCCCUUGCUAAUAAAAGUUUCACACUUACAAAAGCACUAGUAGGUAGCCACUAUGGCAAUUUUCAUUUUCAAUUUUAAUACUAAACUAAGCUAAUUAGCUGUUGCUUUGCGAGUUCUUCCCCAACGCGUAAUAAAACAAAUGACCCAAACUGUUCAACUAUUCUUGUUAUAGAUUUGAUCUCUGGUGCAAACAUCACAUUGUGCGGUUUUAUUGAGGAUGUAAGGAGCAAACAUGGCAGUAUUCCUGUAGUUUUAAGUGCCUGGCAAGUUGAACUUCCAUUCUGAUCAAAAUUCCUUUUGAUGGCCAAAGAAUUGUUGCAAUAGGGUUAAAAAAAAUGUACGUUAAAUGCACUGAUUUUUGUCUCUGCCUAUUUUACUGUAUUACUGGUACUCUGAAGGACACAUGUUUACUUGAAUUUUAUUUUUGUAGUCCUUGUUUUGUGUUGAGACUUAAAUUUGUGAUUGCGGGUUUAUGUUAUGUAUAGUGUGUAACAUUCGAGGUGCAAUGGUGUAAUUGGGAUCGAGUUAUAUAUGUUUUUAUAUGUAUGUUUUGUUUUGUCAUUCUGCUCGUGUCUUAAUUUGAAAACCUCACGCUAUCAAUCACAGACCGCAGCGUUGGUUUUUGAUCACCUCAUUGAUGUUUAUGUGCAUUUUGCUGGAUUUUCACCGGGAAACCUGCACUGGCUCUGAUUUGUAAGAACAAGUUGAUUAAAUGUAAAUAUAUGGAUUUUUGUGUGUGUGUGUGUGUGGCCUAUUACAAAGUGUCUGUUUAAUCCUUUUCCCUGUGAAUUUUAAGAUUAUGAAAGAUUAUGAAUUCACACACUAGGAAAUGAGAUUAUUAUGGUUAGGAAUUACCUGAAAGCAAAAAAUAAAAU